CACAUAAACAGAAAACGAACAUUAAAAAAACCUCAAAGUCCCGUACUUCCAUUUACAGUUUCUCUAUCUUUUUAUUCGUGCAUAUCGCAUAUUAUUGAAUGAUAAGUCAUGUCUUCGAGCCACGCAAAAGACUCCAGCUUUUUGGGAAGCAGGAUACCACCAGAAGUCGAAUCGAUGUCGAAAAACCUCAAGGAUGUGGACCAAGAGAUGUUCAGGAAAAUACUGAAAGCUGUAGUCAGCGCCCUGGAGGGGAAGGACUGCAGAGAGGUGAUGAAGUCAAUAGCAGAGAGCAGUGUCAUCCCUCAGGAGAGGCUCAGUCACAUCGUAGCUGGGAUGUACAGAGUGCUGUCUGAGGCCAUCCGCAUCCCCAUGUCAUCACUUAAACAGGAGGCCUUCAAAGAAGAUCUUAGAGAACUGAGGAUACCAGAAGACUUUAUCACAGAUUUCUCCAGUGUGGUUUUUGGAAAUCGUCGUGCAGUUCUAGACGCAGCGACAUCCCAGAAUGAUCCCCACCUGCCCACGAUAGACGAUCUGAAAUGGAGAGUGGAUGUUGCCAUUUCUACAAGCUCUUUAGCCAGGGCCCUGCAGCCUUCUGUGCUGAUGCAGAUGAAACUAUCAGAUGGAAGUUUUCACCGGUUUGAGGUGCCCGUGUCCAAAUUCCAGGAGCUGCGCUACAACGUGGCUCUGAUCCUAAAAGAGAUGAACGAUCUGGAGAAGAGGAGCAUUCUCAAGAUCCAAGACUGAUGCACCAUGCAGGGCUGUUAGUGAAUUCAACUGUCCCCUCUGCUUAGUUUGUGACAUCCGGUGGAGUUUGUAAAUUUAUACAACAAACAGAAAACCACGAAAUUUAAGAACUUCAAAUAUGAUGUUAUAUAAAUGAUGAUGCUAAUAAUCAAAAUGUCAUGAUGUUAUGCUUUGAUGGUGUUGGCAUCCAACAUACUCGACUGCUAACAGAGUGUGAAAUGAUAAGACGAGUACAACCAGAGUACCUGAAUGCUGAAAAUAGUUUCCUGUGUCACAGCCUUUAUUUAAAAACAAAUCUUAAUAUCAGACUGUUGUUCUUUACCCUGUAAUACUGUAUAUAUUAGCAUUAUUCAAUUCAAUGGUUGCCAGGAGCUUUGAGACCGGUGCAAAGUCUCUAUUGUGCCAAAAUACACAUGCAGUCAGGUGAGCUCUCAGAAACUCUCUGGCUAAGCGGCCACUUUAACUGGUGUCAUGUGAUCCAGUCUGUUGUUGAGACUGAACAAUGUCUGAACAUGAAAAUAUGUUAGUCAAUGAAUGAACAGGGUGAUUUCCUUUUCUAUUCAUGUGUUAAUGGACUGAAUUCAAACCAGUGAUAAAUAAAUGUGAUAAAACAAUGUUUUUGUUUGUUGUUGUAAAAACAGUAAAAAAUAGUUUUUUUUCUGUUAUUUUGUAUGUUUUUCUUUUCACAAUACUGAAUUACUAAUAAAAUCUGUUGAUCACUA